CGUUAAAAUAAGUAAGAAAUUGAAAACCUAAAUUGCUUGCCAAUUUGGGUCAAUUGGGUUGACGAACAGCUGCUUAUUUUAUUUCGGUUUUUAUUUUUAUUUUUAAAAAUCUUUCUGAUCCCACGUGUGAAAAAUCAAGCGGUUAAGAAUGGCUGUGAUAGUGCAAGUGAUAUAGAUGCUAGAAAUUUCCCAGUAAAGUAAACGAAUCUUUAAAAAAGGCCAACUCGACCUUGAUUUUAUCAUUCUUUUUAGUGGGUUUUAUUUUAUUUUAUUUUUUGGUGUUACCCAAUGUGUUAUUGUUGAAUCUUCGAGGAGAUCUAUUUCCUUCUAAGUGGACUCCUUCACCUACAAAUUACCCUUUUUUUCACUUCAUGCUCUUCAUGGUUGCAGAAACUUAGCAAUUUUAGAAGGCAAUGGUUAUCCUGUCUGUAGACAAUGGAAACAAAUGGUACCACUCCUAAUUCCCAUGAAAGUCAACCAUCAAAUGGUUCGGAAAUUUCCAGCAAAGAGAAACGGACUGAGAAAGAUGUCUUUGUUAACCAUGCUGAGAUAGCUUGGCAUGAGAUGAGAAAGGAAUGGGUUGGUGACGCAUCUCAUAAACCACGAAGAGCACCUAGAGAACCAAUUAUGAGGGAAAUUUCUCUCAUUCCCAUGAAAUUGAUAAACUAUCUAGUUCAAGGUCUAAAGAAAAGUAAUUGUGGAAUCUUCAUUUUCAGCUUGACCACGACUUAUGAGGAUCUGCUUUUGUCCAGUGAACCUUUUCAACAACCAAUACCCUUAGCUGAAAUGGUUGAUUUUUUGGUUGACAUAUGGCUCGAAGAAGGCCUGUAUGACUAGAUGAUUGUGGUCUUGAUGCACAUUAAAGAAUUUAUCACAGAUUUUUUUCUGCUGAUUAACAAAGUUGGAAAAUCCAAAUUGAUUAUACAAACUUUUACCCAUGAUAUAUUGAUCGACUUGAAAGUAUAGUUGGCUCUUGAAGUCUUAUAGCCAGACUUUUUUUUUUUUUUUGGUAAUACUUAUAGCCAGACUCAUUGCAGAAACCAUUUAUAGUGGAGGACAUGUAAAGAAUAAUUGAUCUUGAUCAUGUUUUCUAGUCACAGCUGAAUAUCUUCUGUAUGUAACUAAUCAAAGGUAUUGGUACUGAUUUUUGGGUGAUUCUUUUUCUUUUUGUUUAGGAAUUUGAAGAAAAUGUGGUCAUAUUAUUCCUAGCA